GGAGCGAGGAGCGGCGGCGGCCUGGCGGGGAGGUGGGCGGAGCCGCGGCGCGCUCGCUCUCGGAACGGGGAGGGUCCGCGGAGGCCUCUUGCUCCGCCGCCGCCGCCGCCUUUCCUUCCCGCCGCUGGCUGAGGAGAAAUAGGCGCGCGGUGGCACAAAGAGGCCGCCCCGCCACUGCCCGCCGCCAGCACGGCGCUUCUUCUCUGGCCUUGACGGGCUGAAUGGAAGGCGGCAGCCAGCGUGGAGCGGCUGAGGUGAGUUGAGAGGAGGGGCGCCUGGCGGGGAAGGAGAGGGAGGGGAGGGGGCCGGGGGAGGAAGUGGAGGGGCGGGGGGAGGACAGGGCCUGAUCCUGAUCUUGAAGUAGGAGCGAAGAAAGGGCCCUGCGGGUGGAUGGGCGAGUGGGGAGAAGCCCAGCGCACAGGAGGAUGAUAAUUUCUCUUAUUUUUUUUUUUUAAUAGUGUCUUAACGCUGUAACCCGCCCCAAGCUUUAAUUCAUUAAUUGUGACAAUGAUGAAAGUCCUGGCAGUGGGGCCGAGGGUGGGAAGGAGACCGCAUGUGUACAAUGCCUUUGUGCGUGUGUGAUCUAUUUAAUCUCUCUCGCUCUCUCUAUGAUAACAAAUGUGCAUAACUGGAUCCACACAUAUGUACGUAUGCAUAUACAUAUAUACACAGGUGAUAGUGACACAAGUGUGUGUAUACAUAUGCAUGGUCUUACAUCAUUUUAGUAUCUAAUACAUGGCUUGCAUUAUGGGUGGCUAGCCCUCAGAUUGGGGGCCUGAUCUGCUCUCCCCACCACCACCACACUCAGCAGUUUUUUCUCUCCCUUCCCUCCCCACAAGAUUUUGCUAAUUUGGGUGGUGACAGCAAAAAGAAAACUGGAACUAAAGUAGAUGCAGCACUAAAGUGGGUUGAGCCUGGUGUGCCUGCAAAUCCUCAGAGUUUUCCUCAGAUGUCAGAUUGAUGGGUGUAGAAAUGGACAGUUGUUUGGUAUGGAUUACCUGAGGUGUGGCUGUGUGUGUGAAGAGUGCACACACUUAAAAGAGUGUGGGGUGGCCACACCCACCACUGCCAUGCAGCCCUCAGAGGGUUGGCCGAGGGUGAAUGUGGCCCUCAGGCCAAGAAAGUUGAGCCACAUCUGACUUCCAUGAUAACCCACAUGCAUGCAAUUAAUACACAGUAUUGUUGUUAUUGCUUACAUUAGCAUAACAGCUUUCUGAAGGGUAGUGGGGUUGGACCGUUGCAGAAAGAAAAGAGCCUUGUGGUACCUUUAAAGACUAACAAAUAGUGUUGCUGCAGCACAGUGCUACCCUCUAAGGUGUCGUUUGCGAUGAUAACGGUAAUCAUAAUUAUGUCAUUAAUAACAGUGACGAAAGCUACUGUUUUAAGUGCAGCUCUUCGGGGCACUUUGCAUGCAUUUCUCUCAGUAGGCAGGUAGCAUUUGACAGCUCAGAGACCUCCAGGAUAGCAGCCCAGAAGGUUAGAAAAGCUGGCAUUGACACAGCUGUUAUUUAACAGCACCCAGAUAAAUGUUUUGAGGGAGGGCGAGUCCCCUUUCAAAGAAUGCAUUGAAAUUUGGUCUUUGGAGGGCAGGGUAUAACACACAGGGUAAAAUAUCUCUUCUUACAAAUAGACUCCCUUCUGUUAAAUAUGGCUUUCUAGUGCAUACACAUUCAUACUCUUUAUCCUAGCACAUUUACCUGGGUUCUGCUUCAUAGUAGCAGUGUUAAUACUAGCAUUUCUUGCCUCUGGGUUGCUGUGGUAUAGGAUUGUGAGCUGCCCAGUUUCCUCCUUGUGAAGGACUGCCUACUUUGCUUUGCUAAGAAAAAAUUAUGUGAAGUGGUUUGAAUGCUCUAAAGCAUUAAAGUAGCAGCAUUGUAAUGAUGUAGCUAUGGACAUUGGUGCUGCUUAUUUAGGCAAUGAUAAUGGUCUUUGUCCUUUUUGUGCCUGAGGUUUAAGAAACCAGAAUCUUUGAAUGUGUAGUAUCUGCCAUGGGAGGGUAUGAAGCAAUGUCUUCCAGCACGAUGUAGCUGUGGCUUACCCUUUGCUAGUUCAGCACACCUGCUUAGUUCUCCUUUCAUGCAUGUGGAAGAAGCAAACCACGAACCCAGGCUGCAUGGUUUGUUUCACUCACAGCAAAUCGCCAUCUGUAGCCAAGGUUUGUUCUUGGCUUGCUUGGUAUGUUUUGUUGGAGCAAAGUAAAUCACAGUGAUAACUGUUUUUUUAUAUAAUACUAAACCAGGGAUCAUGGUAUAGUUCCUCUGCAUGCUGGUAGGAAGAAGAUAAACAACAUUCCACAUGGACCUGCUCUUUAUUAUGGUCGGUGAGCUGGGCCAAGCUUAAAUCUGUGGUGAUUACAAUUUUCUUCUCAGUUUCUUCCCCCAGUAUGAAACAAUACUAAGCUCACUUUCACCACUCCUCUGUCCUAGUGAUAGGUGCAGCUAAAUGAGUGAGGCUGAUUGUUGCUCCUCAAGGAAUAACUACUCUGGCCACUUUUCUGUUGCCAAACAUAAUAGUGUGUUGAGUACGGAGGGGGAAAUAGCUUGACUUUUACUAGCCCUUAACCCUCUUUGCUAAUAUUGAUUUGUUUGUUUGUUCACUUGCUGAGCUGUAUUUUUAAAGUUUUAAUUAUGGUUUUAAAUUUGUUGCAUUCUUUUGGAAGUGCUUUAAAAUAGAGGGUUUUGUUUGUAAUCAUGUUGAAUGGUGACUUUAAAUUUGAAUGAAUGAAUACAUGGAUUGGUAACAUAGUGUGUAACAAGGAUGGGAGAGUAUGUGGUCCUCCAACCAUUUGCCUUGCUGGCUAGAGCUGAUGGGUGUUGGCAGCCACCAUAAUCUGGAGGGCCACAGGUUCCCUAUUCCUGCUAUAUAAUCUUGAAUAUGUCUUGUCUAGAAAAUGAGAUUUCCUUAGAGUUUAAAAUAGUAGGUUGGAGACCUGGGGAUGUACUGGCGAUGAGUAAGAGAUUCCUGGGGACUAGGGCAAACUUGAAAUGAAAUGAGGAAUGGCAUAUGAGAAAGCCUGAGGACAAGAAUCUUCCUGUGGAGAUAAGAUGGUACUGGUAAGCUAUGUGGAGGUUGUCUGCUAAAAUAGGGAUGAGGGAGGACGACAGGCACUUCAGGUUGGAGUGAGUGUUCUGCUGUGUGAUGAGCCAGGCAGUUUCUAGGGGAGACUAGCAGCUGAUUUCCUCUUGCUUUUAAGAUUAGUAAUUCCCAAAUUGUAUGUGUUCUUUCAUAAUUAUAGAAACCUUUUUGAGAGCCCAGAGUGCCCGCCCACAGAAGGCAGUCUGCAUGAUCCAUUGAAGGGAGGCCUCUGGCUUUCUUUUUUCCACCUUCUAUGGAGGUGGGUAAUUCUGCCUUGUCUUUGUUUGGAUCAUUCAGCCAUUUCUGACGCUACAGAAUUAUCUACCUCCAAGGAUUGCAGGAAGAGGUUGCCUGUUGCAUCCCUCCACCAGUCAGUGCCCUGAGUUUUCCGCCUGACAAAAAGCAAGCCCAGAGGCACAAUUCUUGCAGGAAUAUGCUGGGCUACAGGUAGUGUAAUUCUUACUCUUGCACGCUCUAAACCUUUUGAAGUUUGACGAAGUGCAUUUCUUCAUUUUAAACUCAGUAAAAAAAUGUACUUCUAUCAUCAAGAGUUUAGAAAUUCAUACUUUAGAUGAGCAAGGCUAUUUCUGAGGGAGAUUAGUGGCUGGCUGCCUAGGUGGUAGGGGCAGAACUGUGUUCUGCUCCCACAUUUUAUGAGACGGAAGACAUGCUGCUCAGAGUUUUGAAUGGUGCCUCACUCUGCGCAUGAUGCUAAGCUUCAUGCUAAACCAUGGCUUCACAUCAAUGCAUGGGUUCCCAGGGUGCUCUGCCUCUAGUGCUACUGUGAGCUAAGCCAUGUUUUGGCUUGGCAAGUCAUCUGAACUGGGAUGGUGGUUUGUCUUACUCCAAACAAAAUAGUUUAGUGAGAUUUGUUCUUAGUUUGUCUAGAGCCUGCCUUCUGCCCCUCACGUUGGGUGUCCUGUUCCUUGUAGGCAGGAACCCCCUCAUUCAAGUGUGAUGUGUGAACAGAGUAUGCAGAGAGACACUGCAUCCUUCCUCAUGGAUUCUUCAACUAUUCACAUCCUUGCUCCAAACGCACUUUUCACCUAUAGUGAUAUAUCAUGGGAAAACAUCAUCUUUGUUAAUUAGUCUGAGGGAUGCUCUCUGCUGAUGGUUAUGAAUAAAGUGGGGUGGGGUUGGUAGUACAGUGGGGAGAGUCCAGGAUAUGGGCCCAAAUGAGCAAUAUUUGUAUAAAUAAGGUUUCCAGUCUGUAUGCUCUUGAGUCACAGGAACAACUUUUUAGUCAUGCCUGCUAGUUUGUGUGACUAAAUCCAACACACAGUUUGGUUUAGUUAUUUGACCAAGAAUUUUUGUACAGUACUGUGGGACAGAAGCGUUAGGGCUUCCCCUGCCAUUACUUGAAUAAAUAAGAACUUAACAAUUGCUCAGACAGAAGCAUUUUUGCCAUAGGGACUGGGUGGUCCAUUGGUGUGGGCACAAUUGAUCAGUUCAGUAUGCAAAUAGAUUCAUAACCCAUGACGCUCAUACUGUGUAGUUGGUUUUGUAGCCUGUGGAGCUACUACACCUUAAAUGACUAGGGGGAAGGGUAGGAAAUCCAUCUUCCUGCCCCAACCAGGAUCCCAACCAGGAUUAGCAUUGAACAAAGCUGUAGUGGUGAAGCUUGGCCUCCUUGGCUGCUGCCUGUACCUCGUGAGUCUAGCCUUUGCCCAAGUGAGUCAGUCACUUGGCUAGAACCUCUCCCUUACAUUGAGGAGGCUAUCACCUGAACUCUCUUUCCUGGUCUGUUUCAGCUCCUAGCAGUUGGUGCAGUGCAGGAGAUUGUGUGCUCUACCCCUUUGUAUCAGCUGCCGACAUUGAGGAUAAGUGAGGUAACUUAUUUUUCACCAAUGCAUCGCUUCUUUCUAGUCAACUUUCCAGCACCAUUCAGAUACAUAGAAGUGUGUGAUGACCCAUAACAGACCAGUGCUUGGAGGCUAGAUGUGGACCAGUAAAUUGAAGGUGAAUCCUGAGACGACAAAGAUGUUGUGUGUUCUGAAUUGCUGAGUCUAGGAGGUUGGAGAUUACCUGUUCUGGAUGUGGCUUCACUCCCCUGGAAGUAGCCGGUUCAUAGCUUGGCGGUGCUCCUAGAUCCACUACUGCCCCUGGAGGUUUAGGUAGCCUUGGUGACCUGAAGUGCCUUUUUUCCAGCUAUGGCCCCUUUUGGAAAGACCAGUGUACUCUACGCCCUGAUACUGUUCAGACUGGACUAUUGCAUUGUGCUCUGUGUGUGGAAUCCCUUGAAGACUAUUUGAAUACUUCCACUGGUCAGAAAUGCAGGUCCAGAAGAGGGCUCUCUCUGUGGCAGGCCCUAAAUUAUGGAGUUUCCUCCCUGCAGAAAUGUGUCUGGAAUAUUUAUCGUACAGGUGAAGAUUCACCUCUUAAACCGAAGUUUUAAUUCUGCUUUGUGGGACCCACCUCUUUUGUUGAAUUUAUAUCAUUCUGCCCUGUUUUUUAAAAAAUGGUUUUACUAGUUUUAUAAUUAUAGCAAUUUUAUCCAUUUUUAUAAUUGUAUAUUACCAGUAUAUUGUUUUAACUCUCCCUGAGACCUUAUGGUGAAGACUAGGUAAGAAAUUAAAUCAACCAAUUAAUUAAUUUCCCCACCUUUUCUUAAAAGUAUGUCAUAUGAUUGUGACCCAAACUUGAGAAUUGGCUUCCAUGGGAGAUUUAAUGAAAUUAUAAUCUUCUAAACCUUUUAGCUCAGUUUCAUGUUAAUGUGUGCCUGGUAACGUGGAAUGAUUUGCAUAAGGAAAUUUUCUAAUGCCCUAGACUAGAGAUUGUAAUUCUCUUGCUUAUUUGACUUCAUUUAGAAAACAAAGUUGAAGAAAUAGCCAAGCUUUCUUUGCAUUGUGUUUGCUGUACUUGUACUUCCCACUUCCAAGCCAAGCACUGCAGAAAUAUUUCUCCGUUUAAGAAACACCUCUGCAGUUAUGACCUACACGUCAGCAAACCCUAAGUUUGGAUUGUGGAUAAAACUGAUGUCAAUCAUACAUGAAAAAUGAUUUGCAAUGUUUGCUUACCAUAUGUGCCCCAUUUCUAGGAAGUAGGAUUUGAAGAGAGUAACCCCAAAUAUAAUCUAAGAUUUAGACUGCACCAUUCUUGGUCAUAAAGCAAAUGAAUAGUUGGUGUUUUGUUAGUAGGGCUAAUCUUUGUUUUAAAUGGAGGGUCUGGGGAAGCUUGUACAUGGGGACCAUUGAGUCUCCAAAACAGAAACUUCUCAGGUGCCAAUUGCAAAUUUACACUUAGAAAACCAAAAAUAAGGUUCUUAUAAUUGUAUAUUACUGUUUGGUUUUUAAACAGUAAUUUUUACACUUCAGAAAAUUGCCAAGCUCUUUCUGAUUCAGGCAAGUUUAAUUACAGAAUGCGAAGAAAUUUCUGGCAUAGUAUGAUAGGGAGGUUUAACCAGACCCAAAAUCCAGUUUGCACAUGGCCAUUCUUGUUUUCAUUGCAGAAACAGUCAAGCCACAUUUUCUCUCUUUGAAAUGCAAACAGUAUCUCUGUGUUAACUUUUUGUGAGUUGAUUCUCUUAGAGCUAUGGGUUUUAUGUAUUUACGAUGGGUGAGGGGAAAAUCCAGCUAUUACUGAGUUAAGACUGGAAACUGAAAGGUUGAAGUCAUCCCUGUAUUCAACUUUGGCUUCUUGGCAAGAAUUCAGAGUGGGCAGGGUUUUUCCACAAUGAGGUGAUUAUGGUUGAGUGUAAGGAAACACUUGAGGCUGUGAAUCAUUGAUUCCUUCCCUCCUUACUCUAGAGGCGCCUGCGCUCAAAACCAUUUCCAGCCAAGUUCUUAGCUGACCACUUCUGCUGAGUUGUUUGGACCAGGAAAAUUUGGUGGGAUGAUCAUAUAGAUGUUGUAUGUUACAUUGGAUAACAUGUUAAAAUUACGAGCGUGGAUGUCUUUUUAUUGGAGACCUUCCCAUAGAAAUAGUGCCUGUGGAGCAAGCCUGUUCAGCUUUUUGUUUCAGGCAGAGCACAAGGGGAAAUGUGCAUUCUACAGUUAGAAUUGUUCAGUAAAUUAAGGAACCAAAUUUGCAUGCUUCAUAUUCUGUUGCAAGUGGUAUACCCCUGUGUUUGCAGAAGCUAGAUUUAUGCAGUUUUUAAUAUUACAAAUUGGAAUAUAGGGGGAGGAGACCAGCUUUUUUCACAAAGGGUGGCAGUUCAUUCCUAGAGUUUCUGAGAAAUUAAGUAUUGUGUAGAAAAAUCAAGUGUUCUUUUAAGUCUUUAUUUUGUUACGCUGGCUCAUAGUAGGCAUUCUGUGUGUGUGUGUGUGUGUGUGUGUGUGUGUGUGUGUGUUGUGUGUACGCGCUAAGAAAAGGAGAGUAUCAGGUGUCAAAAGGUAUUUAUUUCUAGUGUUGUGCCUGGAGCCCACAAAAAUAGAACUCUUGCUGGAAGAAUUUGUGUCUGAUGCAAUCAGUUGGCAAACAUGUUGCUAAAAAUACAUGUACUGUAGUAGUUAACAGAGCAGCUGAAAGAGGCUGGUAUUUGGGAGUCCUCGUGCUGCUUCCUUGAUUCACAGAACUAGCAGUAGCCAAGUCUAGUUUUCAUCAGUACUAUAUUAGCACUUCCCAAUGUGUGUGUUCCUCUGAUAAGCAGAGGUGACCAAAAGCAUGCUGGCUAUUUGAAGGGAGUUCUUGAACUGUCUGACAGGCAGACCACGCAAGGCCUGCUGAUAGUAGGGCCAAAAACCCUUGCUUGGAAGUUGUUGUUUUUCUAAGUUGUACUGUGCAAUGCUUUCCAGACCUGUGAAUGAUACCCUUGGUUCCCAAUGCAUUUCUUGGCCGCUAACACACUGGUUUGUGCAUACAGCAAGUUACUGCAACUUUGUAGGGCUGUGAAUUUUAUUGGAUGAUGGUUUGGAAAUUAUUUGUUUGAGCAAAAUUAAGGCUGCUAUAUUUCAAAAUUUCAUAAAUAUAUAGAACAGCACAAUUUUAUGUGGUAAGUUAUACAUAAUGGGUUGUAUCCAUCAUAGCGCUACAUGAACAAAAUGCAUUGGAUGGACGGUGUUUAACUACUUUGUCUCAUCAGUGCAAGGAUUUCUGCUUGCGCAACAGAACAUUAUGCCCCCCUCCUUCCACUAUGUGUCACCUAAGUCUGUUCUAGGGUUUCCCCUAACACUCCUGAGCAGAUUUGGCAAAGGCACAGAGCACACGAGGGGGAGGAGGCGGGGAAGUCAUGUUAUGCAAACAGAAAUCCUUGUGGUGAUCAGACAAGGUAGUUGAACUUCAUGCUAUACAUUUUGUUCUCUUACAGAGGUAGAGUAAGUUGAGAGCUGAUAAGGAGAGGUGUUGCAUACACUUAAGUUUCUCCCCCUCCCCCCCCCCCUUGUCUUUUCACAAGGGACUGACUCAUAGCUUCCACGUUGCCAGAAAUGUUCUGUCUCUGUUAGGGGUAGAGGGGUAUGUGGCAUAUGUGAGACAAAGCUUAAACAAACGAGAAGCUAGAAAUUGGCUGGCAGUGUUUUUUAUAGGUUGAUGUACUUAAGUGAAAAAUAUAGGAAAAUACAGACUUCAAUCAAAUUAGCUGUUAUACCUGUAUAUAUCUAAAGUGCAUUAAGGUGGGGUGGCAGCUGAGGGUUACAUAGACUGUUUACUGUGAGCUGUAAGAUGGCUGGUGCACAGAUAACUUGUUUAUGUAUUGAGUGUCCAACAGAGCAGUUUUGCUUUCUGUAAGGGCUACUUAACUUCGCAUUUGCAGCUUAUCUUUGUCUUUGCAGCAUGUGUAGAACUUCUUUUUCAGGAAACUGGCAAACUGAGGAGAGUAAUAAGCUCCCCCUUGUUAGUUGAGAGUCUCCAUCCCAAGUACUGUGCUAAUUCACUGGUUUUACACCAUGGGUUGGCUCCUCAUGAUUUUAAGAGAAACUUGGACAUUGUACUUUGAAACCAAAUUAUGCGUGCUGUUAUAUAGCCUGUAUCAGUUUAGGAAAAAAUAAGGCAGAGGAACAACUUAAAUAGGUUUGCAUCAGUGUACCUUAAUCCUAGGUGCACAGUCAUUUCAUGGGUUGUUGUAAGUUAUGACGUUUCAAGAUGAUUGACUUGAUGCUUCAGCCUCUAGGAAUCUGUGAAACUGAGUUCCUCCCCUUCUUCUGCCUUACACACUGAUGUGCUGGAUGAUCUAAAUAUACUGACUUUCAGGCUGUGUGAUUAUAUAUAUAUCAGUCAUACACAAGAAUGGUAUAUCUCAUGUAUGAUGGAUCAAUAUGACUAAUAAUGACGAAUAACAUCACUUACUUUCUAUAUUUAAUCAGUAGAGCACUUAUUUUCUCCCAAUAGAGAGUGGUAGAAAUUCUAACUGUAAUCAACAAGUGAAAAAUUAGUUCUCAUUCUCGUUUAGAAACAAGUUAUUCUAAGAGUCUUAGAUUUUAUUUGCCAGGUCCAAAUCACUCACAGUAAUUCCUUAAUAAUUUGAUAUUAGAAUAGCUUUACAGGUGGACAAAACAACAAGACAGGCGUUGAAGCUGCUGUCACAUGUGUGUAUUGUCAACAGGGCUGUGGCAUGCAAAAGAUCUCAGGUUCACUUCCCAGCAUCUCCAGGUAUCGCUGGGCGAGAUUUUAUCAGAAAUUGUGAAGAGCUGCUGCCAGUUAAUGUAAGCAAUACUGAGCUAUAUGGACCAAUGGUCUGACUUGGAAUAAGACAGUUUCCUGUGGAAAGCUUGGGUUUUAGUCAUCACUGGGCUAAAUGUGAGUUUUCACAUAGAUUAGUACUUCCUACACCUUACUCGGGCUGGUUCAGGUAGGAUUUUGGGUUGAUAAUCAUCCAGGUAAAUUGUACCUUGUUCCAUUAAAUUGUAGUUUUCAUAUUAUGACUAAGCUUUUAUAAGUGGUGGUUUCACAAAAGCAGCUUAUUUUGAUAGUUACAGCUAUGCCACUCUCAAUAUAGUGGUGUGAAUUGGUCUAAAGGAAGGAAGGACCAACCUAUAUGGAAAGUUCAGCUCUCAGUAUCACUCUUCCCUGUUGUUGUUUUUUAAAGAUUUACAAGCAUCUUGCAUUUUUUUUUAAUUAAGCCAGUUGAUGCAUUCCAGUCAUUCACUGUGGAGGGCCAUGUGUCAUGAAGUCAUGAAGUUACAUCUCUUCCUCCUUUCUCCUUUUGCCACCCCGUGCUCAGAAGAGCUUUAUGGUUACCCAAAUAUGGCAGCCAACUUAGUGCCAGUGCCAGCAUCUGGCUUGCUUUUGGGAGGCAAGUUCUGAGCCCUCCACCAUCCCCAUCACUCUCCUCCCUCCACUGGCCUGGUCUUACUUAAGGUAUUUCUAUGCUGGUUUUCAGACAGACAUCACAAAGCAGUUUAUAUAAACAUUAUUACAAUAAUAAGAACUGAUUUUUUUAAAACAACAACAACAACCAAUGCAAAAGGCAACUGUUCGUUUAGAAGAAGCUGUGAUGGUAACUUCUUUUCUGCUCUGCUGCAGAGUGGGUGGUUCUGCAAAGAUUUCCUGGGUGACAGUUAGAGGAGGGAGGGGCCACCACUGGCAGCUGGACCUGGGCAGCUUACUAGGCUGUGGGUUUCGUUUCCACUCUCUUCAGAGCAAGAUAAUUCUUCAUAGACCUUUAUGUGCCAUUUCCUCCAUCAGUUGGCAAGUUGCCAUUUGUUUCGGGGCAUAAUGCUAAUGGAAACUGACUGGGCAACUUGAAUUGUGUGGGGUUCUUUACCCUGCUUUUUGAUAGUUAGAUAACAUUUUUAUUCUUGGUAAGCUGGCUGGAAUAUCAGAAUACACUUAUUUUCAAAUAAAGCAUAGUAGAAGAGGCAACAUGGUAUAUGGAGGGCUAGGCUGAAAUCCAUAGGUGUCUGGCUCCUUGAUUUUUAUUUUUAUUUUAAAUGCCCACCACUUAGUAAACUGAUCUUUUUUUUCAACUUGAGGCUGGCUCCUGGAGAAACAGAAAUAUUUUUCAAGCUCUAUACUGGCUGCACACUCUACCUGCAUUUCCCAGUGACCCAACUCCCUUGCGGCUGGCUUUGGACUCACACAAAGGAGUGGGAAGGACUUUACUACUGGCUGCCUCAAGAAACCUCGCAUUGAUCAUUUGUUUUAGGAUGGCGGGGAUCUGGAUGCAGUUUGAGCCUCCCCCAGGAACUGUGUAUACGUGCAUUUCCCUCUCCCGCUUCAGUUUACUUUGUGAACAGCAUGUUAGAAUGCUUCAGGGUGGGGAUAAAUUGGAGGGAAUUGAGGUUGAUUAGCAUUUUUGUAGCCCUGGGUAUCUGAACGGGACAGAAUUGCAGUACUGGGUGCCUUAGCAGGUUUGAGGAUAAGAAGCAAGUUUUCCCUCUUUGUAGCAUCAGCUGUUGGGUUUAAGGCAGGGUUGGGGAACUGGGCUGGGACUGAUGGGAGUUGGGAGUCCACCAGCAUCUGGAGGGUACAGGUUCCCUUUCUGGUGCAGGGCACAAAGGUAUGCCAAAGGGGAAAUUAGGAUUGUUUGCCUGCUUGCAAAGGAACUUGUUUGCUAGUCACAUUAUUUUACAAUUUCAAUCCAAGUUGAUGGGCUUGUAUUUUUUCUUACCCUCCAGGCCUCCUUUUGGAUGACCAAUGUGUAUCUUCAGUGAUGAUGUCAGACACUUACCCAGCCAUUCCCUGCCCAUUCCAGUUGUUACAGACUCAUAUGAUGCAAAAGCUGCAAUUCAGGAUCCCAAAAACAUUGCUUUUAAAACUGUCUAGAUGAUUGUCGUUGCUUUGGUUGUGUUCUAUGCGAGCAGGAGCCUUCUCCAAGGUUUACGGCUGACCCUUGAACAGCACAUUCCCUGUUUGCUGCAAACCUUGGGGGCUAGCAGCAUGGGCAACUCCUGUGUUUGUCGGGAAGACAGUGGGGUAGAAGACAAUGCAGAAUCCAGAAGUCGCCAGACAGAGAACAGCAGAGUGCCUGUAUCAGACUCCAGGAGCCACUCGAGGGACCCAGUGAGGCCCCCCCGGCGGGGACGGGGGCCACAUGAACCAAGAAGGAAAAAACAUAACGUGGAUGGAUUAGUACUUGACACGCUAGCAGUAAUUCGGACGUUGGUAGACAAGUAAGUACUUCCUGAAGAGAAAUAUUGCCAUGGAUGUACCUUCCUUCUCUUGUAAAUUGCUAUGCUGCAAUCUGUGGAGACUGCUCUAAUGUCCCCCUCCAGUGGCAUAAAAGUGGACAACUUUAUGUUGGAAUUGGAAAUGUCUACAGAUGUUUCAGGAACAAUCCAUGAAUAAGAUAGUAGAUUCGUCUUGGCUUCUCCUCGCAACACUUGCGCUUUUUGAAUACCCCUCCAGCAGUUCAUUUUGAUGUCCAAAGUUUCUUUCAGUGAAAUCCUACCCGGCCCUGUAACCUUACACUGCCUGAUUCCGUUGAGUGGCAGCCACUGCAAUGCCUACACCAGUCGUGGGAGGAGAGCCAAAUGGCAAACUGUCUUUGUGUCAUGUUGAGACUUCUACAGUUUCAACAGACACAAAAGCAAUAUACAAGAUGCUGCCUAAGGUCUUUGGAGGCCAGAGGUAGUUCUGCCACCUUUGAUGGCAGAAGAAAGGUUUCCUUUGGAACGGAAGGGGACACUCUGAUAGUGCUAGUAAGUGCUGUUGGGAUUUGUUAGCCAGUUUGACUUCCUUCAACCAAAUUCCCUUUGUGUGUGUGCAGUGCAUUGUAAGAUUGGGCAGCGCAUGCUAAGGAGGCAGUUAUUUAGGGAAGCUUUCCUCUGAUCCCUUUCCUAACUCAGCAGUUGAAGAUGUCUUCGUGGAUAGGUGGGGGGCAGCAACUUGUGCUUGUCCCCUUUCUUUGAGUUGACUUGCUUCUGCAGAAGCAUGUAUUGGAGUGGUCUGUUGGUCUGCCCCUUCUAAAACUCCAGAUUGAAAGGAGUUAAAUUAGGAAUAGACAUGAAGAGCAGUAUAGAAAUUUAAUUAUUGUUAACAAUAAUAUUAAUAGAUAAUAAGGCUCCCAGGGGCUACCAGUCAUGAUGAUACUUUCAGAAUCAAAUAAAGCCCAUUGCUUGGAAUAAUAGCCAGAAAUGACUGAUUCCCUUAUCCUGCUUGUGGACUUUCCAUAAGCAUCUGGCUGAGCACUUUGGGAAACAGGAAUCUGGGCUUGGUCUGGUCCAGCAGGGCUGCUCCGGUGAUAUAUGUGUUGUGCCAAUUCUUACAAAUGUUUACAUAGUGGUUAAUGAUAAGUGGAAAGAUUCUGAGUAGGGUAAAGCAAUAAAGCCACUUUCAAAGAAGUGAUGCCUGGGUGCGUUCUCUGGUGGCACAGCUUGUGAUGUUUGAAUUGGAUCUGAAUAACCCUGUUGAACCAUGAGCACAUUGGGAGUGGUUGGGGACAGGGGGCUACAGACAGGCAAAGGAAGGAAUAUCCCAGGCAAGCAAAGUUUAUGUGAGGAGGGAGAGAGACAUGAUCACACCCUUCCAAUGGCAGAGGAGCUACUGCUACAUAUCAUAGCAACAGCACCAACAAAAUUGUCCUUAAUGCUUUCUUUCCUGAUUAAAAUUGUCAUUAUUCGUUGUCAGUUUGAGUUAUCUUUGUAGUAUCUUAAACAUCAACAAGGUGUUGACAGUUUCCUUCCUGCUUUAUUAUCUGAGCUGCUGUCAAAAAUGCUCUUUCAUAACUCCUUAAAUAAUCACUUCAUUCUUUGCUACCUGCCAGCUCCAAGUGUCUGAGGCCCUUUCUGGCACACUGGAGCUUCUGUUUGUCCUAGGCCACAGUCUGAAGGCGCGUGAUGCCCCCACCUUGUUGAAGCAAAGAGGGUCUGGGUCUGAUUAGGGUUUGACUUCAAGACUGGGUGGGAAUCCUUUGUGAACAGCCUUGCGUUUUGUGGUGGAGGGAAAGACUGGGUAUAAAUGUAAUAAACAGAAGCUUCUGGGCACAAUGGAAUGCAUUUCCACCUCUCUUCUCAAGCAUUAUAGUUUACUUGGAUUGAACCUCAGCAGUACAAUGCUUCUCCUAUGCCACUUCUUUCAAGUUAAUGACGUCUGUUUUCACCCGCCUUGUGCUGAGAACAAAAUGAAUGACUCUCCCACUUGCGCAGAAUACAACAGUGUGGGGCAGUGGGAUGGGUUCAGUUGCUUUCAGGACUGUCUUGUUCAAGCAUUAUUGGCUAUAAACAUUGUAUUGCUUUAACUUGGGGGGGGGGAUGCUGACCUGAAUAAACUAACAGACAGUUUUCUACAAAAAGAGUAGACUGUUUGGGGGGAUUUUCUAGCAAUAGUAAAAAUUCAUCCUGCUUGGAUCCUAUUUUUCCUUUAAGGGGCUCAAAGUAGCAUCCAGGGGUUAUCAACUGGCCCAAGGCUACCCAGUGUGCUCAAUGGCUGGGCAGGGUUUUGAACCCAGGUCUCUCUAGGCUAAGUCCCAAACUCUGUUUCUACUCCCUCACCUGGGCACUGGAAGGGGCAUGUCUACUAACAAGUUACUAGGGAAAGCACUCGGUAGAAUUCUUAGCCAGUGGGAAUUCAGUCCUGUGAUAGAACAUAUUGCCAAGCACAAAUGGUCACAUUAUAAGUGGAAAAUAGUUUUGUGAUUCUCCUCCCCAGCCCAACCCCCCAAGAUUGGAUCGCAAGCGUUCUGUUGCUUCCUUCCAUGCCCUCUGUCAUUCAGCACUCCACAACUUCCAUUCCCUUUCAUGUUGUGUUCCGUUAACACUUGGUGUGUAGCAGCUGGCCUUGAGCCAGAGGUGCUCUGUCUUCUGUUCUGAAUGGAGGACUCUGCCCCUCUUCCCUCUUGUACCUUUAAUGGUCCUGCCUUUUAUAUUUUAGACCUUGGGUGUGGACCUCUGUGUUUUUAUACUUUCAUAAAAGCACUUGGUAUACCUUUAGGAACUGUGGCAAUAAUGAAAAGAUUCUACAUUAAUGUGUUGACAGUGUCUCAUUAUCCUAAGAAUUUGGAUUAUUGCAGUAUCCUCUGAGGCAGUGAGAGUGUGAGCGGAUGCUCAUCAAAUUUUCACAACAGCUGAUUGCACUGGUUGCCAGUUUAUUUCCAGGCAGAAAUCAGUGUGCUGAUGAUUACCUUUAAAUCCCUAAAUGGUUUGGGCUCAGUCACUUUCCUUACCAACCUGCCUGCUCCAUUAGAUUUGCUGGGGAGGCUGUUUUUCUUCUUCCAAGGGUGGCUGAGAUGCAGCUGGCUGGGAUGUGGCUUUUUCUAUGGAUAACGGAAUUCCCCAUCUUGGGAGGUCCAUUUGGCCUCUAUAUUUUCCACCACAUGACCAAGAAUGUUGUUCGUUCCAAUAGAUGUUUGGCCUGCCAGGUUCUAGUUUUAAUGGCAAACCUCCAUAUCAGCUUUCUUGUUUCUUCUUAAUAGGCAAAGGAGUGCCUUUUGCUGGAAGGCUUCCAACAGUCUCUUAAAUUAAUGAUACAAAUGAAGGUUUCUGGCCAUUGAAUCCUGGGGUAUGGUGCUGAUUAUGGCAAUUGUCUAGAGAAGCCCUGUUGCGUGCAAUAAGAGUUUUUGUAUGCCAAGUCAGGGUCUCUGUUUUCACGUUCACUCUAGAUGACUGCACCACCACAAAGCCAUUGUGUUCCCCACAUUGGAUAAAGUUCUACUUCCAGUUUGUUGUAGGGCUGAUAAAUAUCCUUCAGGCACAUCUGUACAUGUAGAUCCCUGGAUUUCAUUCCCAUGGUUCUGUACUUGAUGAUGCUACACCAGUAUGGGGAAGUAGUGAAGAGAGAAGGUUCAAAGUCCUUAUCAGCCACGGUUUGGCUCAGGGUUACCAUGACAAUCACUGGCUCUCAGCCUAACCUGCCUCACAAGGUUGUUAAGAAGAUAAACAGGUGGCCAUGUAUGCCCCUCUGAGUUCCUUAGAGGAAGGGUGGCAUAAAAACCUAUUCAGUAAACAAAUAUGAUAGUUAUUCUUCUUCAUUAUAGAUAUGAGACUAUAUCCAACCAGAUUCUACUCAGAAUAGACUUAUUGAAUUUCAUGGACCUGUUAGUCAUGUCCAGUCAUUUCAUUGGUUCUACUCUGAAUAAAAUUAACAUUGGAUAGGAACCAUGGGAACUUAGCUGGCCGUUAAACAGUCAUGGAUCUUCUGCAUUGCUCUUCAUUGUAAGCUGGUAUGAGUGUGCCAACUUUGAUAAUGAUUAACGUAAGCUUUUUGUCUUGUGUUUUCUUCCAGUGAUCAGGAACCUCCUUAUUCAAUGAUGACUUUGCAUGAAAUGGCUGAAACAGGUACCUCCCUGCUCUAGUGUGGCACUCCAGUUGCAAUCUACUAAGAAACCGUUUAGCUCUGUAAAGAAGCUUAAGAGUCGCACUGCAUGUUUAUUUCCAAGGGUUGAGGCAAUUUUACAGUGAUUACCUAAAUAAUACUGCUACUUGACAAUGAGCUUGGUAAAUUUGUAAUUAGCUUAAUAUGUGUACCUGUCUAAUCUGGCUAAAUUUAUGAGGUAUGCUGUUGCGAAAUCAGCCUGCCAGCUGCCACGAGGCUCAAGCUAACAGGCUUAUUUUGGUUUUACACUGAGCUAGUAAACAGGCCUUGGAGUAACUAGGGGAAUAGUUUGCUUCCAAAUUAAAAGGAAAAUGUUAAUUAAAUACUGAGGAACCUUGCAGGAUAUGGGAAGAAUGUCCCCAAAUGUGUGUUGAUAUCUCUAGACCAGCCUUCACCAACCUAGUGCCCUCCAGAUAUUUUGGGCUAAAGUUCCUGUCAUCCCCUUUCAGCAUACCAGGUGGGUGAAGUUGGCUCUGGACCACUAUACCUUUUAAGCAUUUUUGCCUGGAGCAACUGUAGAUGUCUGAAUUCCUCGGUUCUGGAGCUGCUUAAAAUACCACACCUGCUCAUGCAGCUGUGGUUUUAAGGAGCACAAUUCCUAAAGAUGUAACUUGAAGACUUGAGAGUAGCUCUUUGGAACAGCUAGAGGCAGAUCAAUUUCAUGUCUAAUGCAGUGGAUUUCCAUGACACAAACAGUUUAUCAUCCUUUAUUUCCUCAUAAAAAAUUAUACCCCUUUAACUCUAAAAAGGACUCAAGAUACAUUUCCCCUCCUUUAAAUUCAGUGUCCAAAGUCCUUUGGACUUUAUUACAUGUAAUUCUUCUAAAUUGGUGCUGUACUUAACAUGUGGAAAAUGAAAAAAGCAUCUAGACAGUAAUGUCAAUUGUGGCUCUGAUGACGACUUGCUCUGCAAUGCAGCCUUUAGGCCUCAGUCACUUUGACUUUUCCCUUCCUUCCUUGGUGAGGUACUUGAAGAAAAUGAGCCAGGGUAAGACAAUGUCACUAACUGAUCAAUUAAAAUGUUCUUCAAGAACAGAAACGUGAGAGUUCAGAUUUUCCUGUUUCAUUAGCAAGUUAUAGAUUAUCUUCUUUAUACAUAAAUGAUAGGAAAUAUAACAGCCUAUUCACAAAUUCCUCUCUGUGUCCUGCUGUCGGAGAAGGAGACUGCUGGGAACCGGUUUGGGAAAGGCAGUGUGUUACCUUCGUUGCAUUCCAUCUCCUGUGUGCCUUUCUUAAACUUAAACCAUAGUUUGAGAAGGAAGGGUGGUGUGUUUCUGAUCUUUUGCCUCUUAUAAAAUAACUCUGGAGCUGGCUUUCCAAGAGAUAAUGUAUUAGACCUCGUAGUAUUCAGGGAAUCCUUCCUAAUUCACUAAUCCUUACCCAUAGAAGCCAGUUCCUACAUUCUGUUACAAAUCGCUGUUCAUACCAAGGGAUGGAGGUUAUGCAGAGAUAGAUCUGGUUCAGUCAUUAGUGGCUCCCAUUAACUUAGUGGGACAUGGUGAAGGAACUUCAGAGAGGGAGCAAAAUCUCACCUUAUUUCUAUGCUGUAGAAACUCAUGGCACUGAUUGUACAUAAACAUCAUGUUACAAAAUGCAGCUGAAUUUGUGACUUGCCUUCACUGAGAAGUGUUAAUGCUCAGUGUUUGUGGUAUUAUUAUUAUUAUUAUUUGUACUUAUGAGUCAUCUCUAGGUAUUGCAGUUGAGUAAGAAAUAUGCAUGUGUGAACUUGUCCUAACAUUAAUCCCUGGAGCUAUGAAUAUUUGCCCUAUCUCCAGGAGCUGAGUUUGUCCGGCUAUUGCAGUCUAGAUUAGCAGCUGCUUGUUAACUGUGAUGUGUGGUUCAGAUGAAUUGUUAAAAUGCUAUUGAAAUCGUACUUGUGAUUCAUGUAUGAUUAUUGUCUCCAUCUAUUGUUACCAGUCUAAGACAGUUGCCUCUGUUUUGUGAUUGACAGAUGAAGGCUGGCUGGAAGUUGUCCAAUCCUUAAUUAGAGUUAUUCCAUUAGAAGAUCCCUUGGGACCAGCUGUUAUAACUUUGCUUUUGGAUGAGUGUCCAUUGCCAACAAAAGUAAGUAAAAUAAAUGCAUGUAGACUUGGUAACCUUAUUACAACAGCAUGUAGCAUCCCCCACUGUCGAACUGAUUAUGACCAAACUUUUUAACAAUGCACAUCUUAAGAAACAAUAUUACAAUGUGUCAUUUUCACAUCAACAAUUUUCUGAACAAAAGUUUCAAAACACAACUGAAAGUCAUUGGACGGAAAGCUUGUCCUGGUGAGCACACACAGAGACACAUGCAUAGAGUUGUAUAAACUCUCUGUUAUCUGAAUCUGCUAAUUGCUUGUCCAAACUGAGAAUUAGGCUGUUGAUGCCUUCAGAAUUCAUGUAUGCUCCACCAUUUUGUAAAGAUACUGAAUAUAUAGACUUCGUGCCCAUAAAUCUUUCUGUAUGAACUAUGAAAUGCAUUAGGAUAUCUAUCACAUGACUAGAGAAGUCAGUAAGAAUUCUUUUUCCCCCUAGUGUGCAUUGCUUAGUCAACUUUGUAUAAGUGUACCAUGAGACCAAAAACACUGCAAAACCCAGGCACUUUUAAGAUUUCUCCUGGGCCCUCUCUCCUUCCAAAAAUAUGAUUCAUUGAGUCUCCUCUCAUCAUAUGACUAAAGAAAGAGUUGAAGGGAAACAACACUUUGCAGAAUGGCUGGUGUGCUUUCCUUUGGCCAAGGUUCUUAAAUAGCUUAUGCUGGAUUUAUCCCACAGGCUUCAGUGGCACAACUCCAGAGUGAGAGAUUUUAGGAUUGCAGCUAUAUAUUGUUUUACAGUGAAUUACUUUUUAAGAAGGAAGAAGUAUUUCCUAACUUCUUAAAAACCUGUGACUACUAAUUUAGUGUCUUGAUAGUCCUUGAAGUUUUGUGGAUGCGAGUUGCUGUUUUUCUAACAGAAGCUGUUAAACAAGAGGUUUUGCACAUGCAAAAAUAGGGAGCAUAUGUUUUGUUCCCCGGUGGUUACAAAGUACUGUGGAGAUAAUUGGAGUAUCUUCUGGUUCUGUCUGGAGCUGAGAUAAAGAGAAGGGACUGUGUCUCUCAGUGUUCUACUAUUCAGUAGCAUUUUAACUUGUCUUGUUUAGGAUGCAUUGCAGAAGUUAACAGAAAUAUUAUGUUUAAGUGGAGCUGUUGCUUGCCAGGAUGCCUGUCAUCCUGCCAAACACCGGAACACAACAGCAGUACUAGGCUGUUUGGCAGAAAAACUUGCAGGUAAGAAGGAUUUUUAAUGUUUUUAUGUAACUGUGGGGGUUAUUAACAGGCACCCUGCUUUGUUUUGCUCUAGAUUCUCCCCUCCAGUCUCUCUGCUCAGGUCACAGGUGAUCUGGUGUAAAUACGUUGCAUGUAACUCCCAUCAUUAUCAAGAGUACGCCCUCAAUAUCCUGGGGCAGUGCUUAGAACAUUAACUCCCUAAUUGAAAUCAACGAGUCUGUAAAAUGUUUUGUUCAGCUGCACCCAGGCACCCACAGCUGUGGUCUCCAGAUCAUCAAUGAUGCCCAGCAGGGUGUCUCCAAUGUAUUCCUCUACAGUAGGCAACAUCUUUUUUAAAAAAUGAUGCUGGCAACACCAGAAAGCAAAGGGUUCCUCUUUGAAAGUAGUGUCAGGCUGUGUUGUUUUGUUGGAAUGCACACUUACUGUUAUCGGUUACAGUGGGAGGGGGGUUGCAAUACACCUCCUGCUCCUCCAUUUGAAUGCCCCUUAACUAGGGGCAGUAAAUACAAGGGGGGUGUACAUCCUUUGUGUAGCUGGGUCUGGGAAGUGUCCAGUAGGAACAAUACUUGGCUGUCACACCUAGCAAAAAUUUGUGGGCUCCUGCCUGCAUCCAAUAUACAGCUGACUGCUGGAGGUUAAUACUAAAAACAAGGGGAUGGAUAUUACCUUCAUGCCAUCUUGUGAACUUAUCUGUGGAGUCUAGCUUUCUGAGAUCCUUUUAAGCACAGUAUGAUUGUAUGCUUACCCAAACCCUUGGAACUGCCCCUGUACAAUCAUCCCUUGCCUUCUGGAGCCAGCACACUGAGUAGGCUUUGCCACCUUUGGUUGAAAUUGCACAAGUUACAUGUGCUUAAGAUGCAAUAUUACUGUAUUUAAAAAACAUUGGCUUUUCCUACUUAAUUGUUGUUGUUUUUUAAAGCUAAACUAAAUAUACUUGAUUUCUUUCUUUCUUGCACAAUGCCUUAUGCCUAUAGAGCACAAGAUAUCAGGGAGGGCAGAGUUGUACAUUAAGCUCUUUGGAAUUGACUUUUAAAAAACGUAAUGCAGCAGCUUCGAUGCACGUGUUUCAUUUUUAGUGUUCUUGCAGGCCCUGCAAGUGUAGGUUUACUCAGCCAAGGGAUCUUGGAAUACUUGCUGCAGAGCUUGGUGAGUAUCACAGUUUAAUCCUCCUCUAAUGUUGUUCCUCUUUAAAUGCUAUUUCUCCUGUGUGUGAACAUCAGAGGGAUCAGGGCCUUGCAUUUCAUCCUGUUAAGUUUUGGGAGGAAACAGCUCCCAACAUGGGGUCAAGCCUUCAUCAUUGCUGCUGCCGCCGCCACCAUCCUCCUUUUUCAGUAGCGAGUGUGUGUUGAGGGGAUGCAUAGAAAUGGGGAGGGGGCAUUGCUGAGAGGUAGAGCACAUGCCUUGAAUGCAGAAGCCCCCCAUAUCAGAAGGCACAAGGCAGCUUCAGAAGUUGUUCAUGUGGCGAAGAGUCAUGUGCUCACCAGCACAUUUUUUCCUCUGGGCAAGCAGAGAAGAGUAAUGUUCCCAUCCCACCAUCUGUAGGUGGUGGUGUGGAUUUGCCCCUUUAGGAGCAUUUAUAAACUUACAGGCAACUUAUUUCUGUUUUUCAAGAAAAAAAGCAAUGUAUAAAAAGUCUUAAAUUAAAACCAACAUUGUAAAAUCAUUACAUUGUUCUUUAGUACAAUGGAAAUUAAUGAAAGAAUAGAAUUUAGAGGCCUCAAAUUUGUCUGGAAAGCUUUGAAAGGUUAAAAGAAAGCUUUUUAUAAUGUGUUGACGGAAAUGAUAGGAGGUAGAACAUGGCCUCCCCUGCCAGACUUAAUAGGUGAGAAGAAAUUGCUUAGAAAUUUCAUCCCCUCUGUGGCCCGGUUCAGAUGCCACAGUCCUCCAAGCCAUGGUUUGGAAGAUCAGCAAUACAUCAGCACCAGCUCCACUCUCCUCAAGUCUCUCACACUCAUUUCUUGCUGUGCUUUGGCCUCUAGUUAUAGUUUGUUCAGAUUCCUGAAUCAAGCAGUCCAUGAUCAGCAGUAGCCUCCAAGCCACAGUUGCCAGAUUUGAACAUUACAGCAAACUACAGUUAGAGGAAGCCUGAAAUGGAAGGAGGCAGUUUGUGGGAGUCAGUGGCUUGUUUUCCGAUCCUCUGAGCCAUGGAUAUUUCCCUAAUCCAGAACAGCUUCCUUCUUCCUUCUGCGUAGGACUUUGUCUUGGUGCUUGGGUCUCUAAAAAAAGCCCUGUAAUUAGACCGUUCCUCUUAUGACAAGACAUGAAUGCUUUUGUCUUGAAAGUGCAAUGUUUUUCCCUGUACAGUGGUGCCCCGCAAGACGAACGCCUCGCAAGACGAAAAACCCGCUAGACGAAAGGGUUUUCCGUUUUUCGAUGCGCUUCGCAGGAUGAAUUUCCCUAUGGGCUUGCUUCGCAAGACGAAAAUGUCUUGCGAGUCUUGAGAUUUUUUUCACUCCCCCCCCCUUUUUCUAAGCCGCUAAGCCGCUAAUAGCCUUUUAGCCGCUAAGCCUUUAAUAGCCGCUAAACCGCUAAUAGUGCUAAUCCGCUAAGCCGCUAAUAGGGUUGCUUCGCAAGACGAAAAAACCGCUAGACGAAGAGACUCGCGGAACGGAUUAAUUUCGUCUUGCGAGGCACCACUGUAUUUCACAAAUCGGCUAAAGUUUGUUGUUUUCGGAGGUCAGUUUAAGGGAAUACUGUAUCCUUUAAUUCUCUUGUUUAUCUUAGGAGUUCCAGUCCCACCCAACCGUAAUGCUUUUUGCACUAAUAGCCCUGGAAAAGUUUGCACAAACAAGUAAGUGAGUUAGCUCAAAAUCUAUGGGGAAAACACAAGGUGGUUCCUAGUAGUCUGUGUGUUGGACUCCCCCCCCCCCCAUACACACACUUUGUUCAUAAGCAUGCAUGUGGCACUGACAAGAUGGCUUAGGCUUGCUCCAAGUGCUAUGGAGUUCUUUAUUGUGAACCUUCAGAGCCUGACAACUACUCUCCCUCCUCUGCUCUCAGGCUCCACCUGAGAUUUGGAGGGUGUUCUUAGUUGCCUGGAAACAGCUGAGCAGUAUGUCUGCUGUUGCAGUUUCCUCUACAGAGAACACCAAAUGACUGUGUGGUGUGGCAGGACUGUUUAGUUGUGCCUGUGGUUUUGCAUAUCUGCGCAUGGUGCUGCCUACAGUCCCAAUAGCCUGACAAGAGUUGCCUUGUUUUUAAGUGGAGGAACAGGCCCAAGUGAUGCCCAACCAAAGGGCAGAGGGAGAUCAAAACAAGUUUAGCCUUCAAACAGAGCCCUUUAGUGCUAUAGAGUAGGGCUGGGGAGCCUCAGGCCUGGUGGCCAAACAUAGUCCUCCAAGCCUCUCUAUGUAGCCCUUGGGCCUCUCCCCAGACCAUACCCCCUUUCUCCAGCCCUGUUUUCCACCCUCCUUGAGUGCUUUUGCUUGCCUGGGAUGCAUUUUUGAACUCUGAUAAAGCCUGGGUGAAGAAUGGAGAGGGGUGUGAGUGUGUGUAGGAUGUUGCCUCCUUGUGCUGAAAAAGUUACCCACCCCUGCCAGAUAGCAAGGGUAUGGUGUUAGGAGGGCAGGGAAGAAGAAAUGGUGUCUGCAAAGGCCCUCUUGGAUGCUUGGAAAAGGUGCUUUGCUUAGCUAAUCAUCACAUGGCCAGUGACGUAAGUUCCACUGACUGCUUAAAUGUUGCCUGGUUCCUCUUUGAGAAAGAGAGAAGAGAAACUAAUACUGCUUUUGGAUACUUAGAAAAUGAUAUGUUUAAGCAUGAACAAUCUUUGUUUCUGGUGAAGGUUUUUUUGACAAUCAUCAUUUUGUGUUACCAUUUUAGGUGAAAAUAAAAUGACAGUUUCUGAAACGUGCAUCAGUGACCAGCUAGUCUUGUUAGAGAAAUGGACAGAUAAUCCAGACUACUUAAAACGCCAAGUUGGAUUCUGUGCCCAGUGGAGUUUAGACAAUCUAUGUAAGUAAGAAUUUAUCUGCGAGCUGGGGGCGUUGCUGGUGACAUGCUCUGCAUUCAAAGAUGCAAUGUUUUAUUUGGUAUUUAAGCAAACUUUGACUGCUAUGGUGUAAUGUAGCUUUCAGAAUCCGAAAGCGAAAACUUCCUUGAUAAAACCAGCAGUGUUAUGUGCAUGUACUGCUACUGAAUUCAGGUCACUUAACCCAGAGGCAGGAUAACUCAAAGGUGGAGAAAAUUUGGGAAAUGUCUUGGGGUAGCUGCCUAACCCUUUAGGGGACCUUUGAACACUCAGAGAACUGAUUCUUCCUGCACUUCACUGUGUAGCAGUUUUGUGCAUUUUAGCCUUGAGGUCAGACAAGUCUGUCAGAGCAAUUUUCACAGAGGGAGCUAAGUGAGGUGUACAAUUAUUAUGGGUGUAACUUGUCGUGACUUGCUGUGGAGAGUUUAUGGCCCCAAGCAAACAUCUGCCUUGCAUUGUCCUCCUUCCAGCAGGAAGUGCACUGGUGAAAACUUUGUUGCCCAGACAUUUUUUUAAUCAGUUUAAUUUAGCCAUCCCUAUAGAAAAGUAGUGGGAGACUGUGGCCCACUUCACAAGUUGACCUGAAUGUGCUGUUAUGCAACUCACCUUAAGCAUGUGGGUGGAAGUUGCACAGGCCACCGGGAGUGAUAUGGAAGCAUCCACAAGACAGCAGUAACCACAUUGCUGUGGGUAAUAUAUGAAGGAAAUCCAUGGUGAUUAUAGGCUUCUGCUUCUGCCACCAUUGUGUUCUCUUUGGGUUGCAACUUCCCUUGAGUCUAGUCUCUGGCAAAAGCUUGGUUGCUGUUCAAAGUCUAAAAAUAGGAAUGCCUUUAAGGGGGGAAAGUCCAUAAAAUUAAAAGGGUGGGCAUGGUUCGAGGAAACUGCCUUUCAGGCCAAAUUGGAUCCAGCCUAAUUUGGACCUUGCACCCAAACUUUCACAUGCCUGUACUAGAGGGUGGUCUGUCGGAUAGUCCCUUUAAUGAAGAAGAGGUACCGUAUUUUUCGUCCCAUAGGACGCACUUUUUCCCCUCCAAAAAUGAAGGGGAAAUGUGUGUGCGUCCUAUGGGGCGAAUGCAGGCUUUCGCUGAAGCCUGGAGAGCGAGAGGCAUCAGUGCGCACCGACCCCUCUCGCUCUCCAGGCUUCAGGAAGCUAUCCGCAAGCCUUGCAAGCCCGGUGGGAGUUCCCGCGGGCUCACAAGGCUUGCGGGCAGCAGCCUGCAGCCCCGGCGAGUGUCCGCAAGCCUUGCGCACCCGGCAGGAGGUCCCGCCGAGCGCGCGAGGCUUGGGGCGGCAGCCUGUCGCCCGAAGCACGGGGAGCCCUCCGGAGGGCUCCCCGUGCUUCAGGCGAGUGUCUGCAAGCCUUGCGCGCCCAGCAGGAGGUCCCGCCGAGCGUGCGAGGCUUGGGGCGGUAGCCUGCAGCCCGAAGCACGCGGAGCCCUCCGGAGGGUGCCCCGUGCUUCUUGCAGGUGUGCACAAGGCUUGGGGCGGCAGCCGCGGCGGGGGGGGGGAUAAUUUUUUUUAUUCAUUUCCCCCCCCAAAAAAACGAGGUGCGUCCUAUGGGCCGGUGCGCCCUAUAGAACGAAAAAUACGGUACAUAAUUUUCCACAGUUCCCAGUUCCUGCCCAUCACCCCUCCUCAGUGUUCUGAGAAUUUCAAUAUUCCAUCUUUGACAAGUGUAACAAAAAUUCCAUUUAAUGAAUGAAAUAUAGUGACAAUUUAAUUUAUUAUUUGUAUAAAUUUAACUUUAUUCUAACUGGUAAAGUAUCUAAUGUGUUCCCUGAUUGGGGACUUCCUUCUUGGUCAAAUUCCAGACCAUUUGAUCAAAUUGGUUAACUAACGCUCUGCAGUAAGAGUCGUAUCAGGUGAGCAGGUACAUUUGAUUGCCAGGUCCAUGUUUUGCAAUAUUAGGACUUCUACUACAGUUACAACUUCUAAAUAUGUAUUUUUGCAGUUUUGAAAGAAGGCAGGCAGUUUACAUACGAGAAAGUUGACUUGACCAACAUAAAUGCCAUGCUGAAUAGUAACGAUGUCAGUGAAUACCUUAAGAUUUCACCACGUGGGUUGGAGGUAAGUUUUGGUACUUAAUUCCAUCAUAUUUUUAUGUCUUCUACAUUUCCCCAAACAGUAAGAAGUUUCAGAAUAGCACUAUUUGGGUUUCAUUUCCCUUUGGAAGAGAGGACACUAGAGGCUUCACUCUCUUUGAGAUAAUAAUAUAGGCCGUAAGUCAAACCAAGCCAUUUUUAUAUGUUUUGGUUUUUUUAAUAAACCCAGCUGAAAUAGCAGAAAGAGAGGAAGUUUAGCAAGAGGUUUUAAUCAAUGAUUAAUAAGGUUGUGACAUCAAAGGGGAUACAGUAAGACUUACAAAUCCUGUUUCAGAAUGUAGCUAUUGGUGAUCCUUGUGAACUUAUUAAAAUGGACUACAAAGCCUGCAUUCAGGAUCUGGAAUAUACAUAUCACAACUCUGUAUCUCUUGCUAUCAAUUUGGGAAAUAAUUACUGGUUUGCAUUAUUUGCAAAUAUGCAAACAAAGCAUAAGGGAAGGCAAGCAGGAGCCCCUCCUGCAAGGCAGCAUUGGAUUCCCAGAGAGUCAUGUGCAUAGCACACUCAAGGCUCCACCUGACUUUGUAGCAGACUCCAGACAUAAAUUCUCAGUGGUCUGUGUUUGCAGAACAAAACAACAAAACAAAACAAAAGCAAGCCUUUUUCAGACCACACCUGCAGGGCACUUAGUCUCACAUCUUCACAUCUGCGGGUGAGUUACCUAUUCAGUAUUAAGUGUAGAAUUGGUUUCUUCUGAAAUAUGAGCCUGUUGCCUCAAAAUGGAGCUGAGAACUUACAAGGAUUUAAAUUCCUCCUGCUAGGGCCAGGUAGCUGUUGUCUUUUGGAAGGCAAGCAUUUAUUUAUUUUUCUUUUGGUUUGUUCAUUAGGCCCGAUGUGAUGCGUCGUCUUUUGAAAGCGUUCGGUGUACUUUCUGUGUGGAUUCUGGAGUUUGGUACUAUGAAGUCACAGCCAUUACUUCCGGGGUGAUGCAGAUAGGAUGGGCUACCAAAGACAGCAAAUUCCUCAAUCAUGUAAGUGCCACUUUCUGCCAUAGGAACCUACUCAUUAAGUUGGAUCGGCCUUGGAGUCUCUUUUCUGGGUGCCUGUCACCUCUGGAAAAGAGGCAGAUGGGAGCCAGAUAGAAGGCCUUCACUGGGGCACUAAACUUGUGGAACCAACCUGCUUGGAGAUGUUAACCUGGUUCCAACACUGACAUCUUUGCAGAAGCCAUGUGAAGAUUCUGAUUUUUCUUGCAACUUUUGGUUUAAAUGGGCCCUCCAGAUGUUUUCGGCUGCAGCUCCCAUCAGCCCCAAUCAGCACAGGUUGGCAAAAGUUGCAGUUUACAAUUACAGGGAAGGUGUUUCACUGAAGUAAAAAUGUUGUAUAGGGUUAGAUGCAAAUACCUUGAUAUGGUGGGGAGAGUUGGCGUUGCUGCAGAAGGAGGUAGAUGAGAGCCCCUCUUCACCUUCCCUAGCAGCACAACUGUACAUUUAACUGUAUUUUAGUUAUCGGUUAUUGCACAGCACUUUGAUGCCAAAAUGUGCACUGGUGUUUGGUGCAAUGACUGGUGCAGAUGGGAAUUUCUUAACCUUAAGCAAGAGAGCCAGAAUAUCCCACCUGUUUGCAUGCCCCCUCCUCUUCUCUCCUGCACAAAUCCAGCAUAAAUUCAGUUGUAGCAUUGCAUUUGCACCAAAUUUAGCUUUUGUCUAGGUUUUAAAGGUGAUUUUGCAAUUUCAGAAAGUGUCAGGGAGCUAUACACAACCAGGAAGCCAUAGCCUAUGGAUCUUUCCCCUUCUGGAAUUCACCCAGGGUAUGAUCACACAGCAGGAAGCAACUCUUGAGAGAAGCCCUGAGUCUGUACUUGCAAGAGGGCAUAAAUGUGCCCAGUGUAGUCCAACAGUGGGCCACAUAUUCCAACCUGCAUUCAGAUCUCACCCUUGUUAAGAAAGAACAUAUUGAUACCCCCCCAUGUGCCCAUAGUUAGCAAAAUGGUUGAGAAGCUUUAAAAACAAGAUUCCCACAAGUAUUGUCAUGUCUCAAGAAAAUAAAUGCUGUAUUUUAUCUUCCCUGAAGGAAGGUUACGGUAUCGGGGACGAUGAGUACUCCUGUGCAUACGAUGGCUGCCGGCAGCUGAUCUGGUAUAAUGCCAGAAGUAAACCACAUUCCCACCCGUGCUGGAAGGAAGGUACUCCACCCAUCUUGUUGCAGUUGUUGCUGUUGUCGUCUUCAUUUGCUGGGAAAUUGUUCUAGCACUCCCCAGAGGGGAGCAAAGCUGCCAAUUUAGUAGCCUAGAAUCCCUUCUACCCUGUCUCCUACCAUUGUAGGUCACUGUAAGUGAAGAGUCAUUUUCAUCCCUUCGCAGCAGUCUUCUGAGGGCCACAUGCCAUUGGUGGGUGGGACCAGAAGCAAAAGCGGGCAGAGCCUACCUUUGUGCAGUAGGCUAGCUUCUACACACACACUUCUCUCUGUCAUCCAUCCGGGCAGGCCAGAGUCCAAGGUUCACCAGAGUUCAAGGACACAUUCCAGCUAGGCAGAAACACUAGGAGAGCGUGGAACAAAGCCAGUGAGGGCCAUGGCCCAGGAAAAAGAAAAUAUGGCUGGCACACGUGUGUGGCCUGCAAAGAGUCCCAAUAGACAUGGAAGAGGGUCACAUUUGGGCCUCCUAGGCCUGAGGUCCCGUCUUCUGUCAGAUUGGAAAGGCUAGGCUGCAAACUUUUUUCAGUCCUCACUACAUGCAGGAAAGGUUUUGUAUGGGGGGAGCAUUCAACUGUCCAGUUCUCCACCUAUAACCAGAAGUGGUACAAUCUAGGAAAAGGCUUUUAUUGUUGGACUAGUUCUAAGUUGGGAUCCUUCCAUGCCACUGAAGGAGAAAAAGGUGUAGCCAGGAAAGGAUCUUGAUUGAAAUUGAAUUUUUGGACAAUGGAACAGAUGGCCCAGGGAUCCAAGGGGUCUCUUUCCCCAAGGGGUGAUUCUUUUGGGACAUGUCCGUACAUCAGCUUCCUGUGCUUUUAACUCAGUGCUUUAGUAGUAAACUAGAAGCACAGGAAGCCUUUCCUGGAAAAACCAAAUGUCCCCUCUUCAUUCAAAUGUCCCCACAGACCCCACACAGACAUUCUUAUUGCUGCUCUCACUGCCAGUCAUGCAGAUUGCACAUCCAGUAUUGAGAUCAACAUGCUAUCUGGGGUGAAGACUGCAGAGGAGCAGCAUGAUCUGUACAUGUAGGUGCCUGCACUGCAAACUCAAGGCACAACUGCAUUUUUCAGAGCAUAUUUACAACGUUUACUUUUGUUUCUGAUGCGCAUCCAGUCCCUGGGGUCAAUGUUUUAAUGUGCUUCUGUUCAUCUUGAUCUUCUCUGCAUUAUGUGGAAUCUAUGUAGCAUCAAUUCAUCCUUCAUUUGGGAAAAGAGGAGCACAAAGUUUCCUUCUAGUUACAAACUCUUACCUAGCUUCCUAAUUACUUAAAUUUGAGAAAAUGCUGAAGAUGACUCUGAGCAGGCGUAACGCUGGCUCCCUGCAAAAUGCUAUUUGUAAAUCAGGAGUCAGCCUCCGGAACAUAUUUAUUUUUUAUUUCAUAAAAUGUUCACAAAACAAAAACUCAAAAGUAGUUUACAAAAAUAUUUUUUUAAAACCCAGUAACAAUUUGCAACAAUAGUUUAAAACUUACAAAAAGUUCAAUGUCUGCUUCUUUUCCCUCUUGUGUGAAUUUUCCCCUCUACAGCUUUAACCAUAGUUUAGAACAGGGGUCAGCAAACUUUUUCAGCAGGGGGCCGAUCCACUGUCCCUCAGACCUUGUGGGGGGCUGGAUUAUAUUUUGGAGAAAAAAUGAACGAAUUCUUAUGCCCCACAAAUAUCCCAGAAAUGCAUUUUAAAUAAAAGCACACAUACUACUCGUGUAAAAACACACUGAUUCCCAGACUGUCCACAGGCCGGAUUUAGAAAGCAGUUGGGCCGGAUCUGGCCCCCGGGCCUUAGUUUGCCUACCCAUGGUUUAGAGUUACAGGUGUUAUAACCCUACUUGGUGCUAACCAGAGUUCUCUUCUUAACCAUGGUUUGAAGACAGUUUACCAGCCCUGGUUAAGAUUGAGCCUGGUUUUUUUAACCAUUGUUAUUGUAAACUGUAAACCAUAGUUAAAGCUAUUGAGGGAAGCAACAUGGGAUUCAUGUCAGUGAGAAGCCUCCAUUCCCAAAGUUGGUUUUCAGUUUGCAAACCACAGUGUGCAGAAAUCAGUGCUAUAGCCUCAUCAGGCCUUUGAAUACUUGCUGCAAGGUUUCAAGUUUAAAGACAACAUAAAGGAGGAGAGGAGGCAUUUAAACAGAGGUUGGAUGGUCCUCUGUCAGGGAUUCUUUAGCUGUGAUUCCUGCAUUGCAGGCAGUUGCAUUAGAUGACCCUUGGUGUACCUUCUAACUCUACAAUUAUAUGAAAAGGGGGACUGGUAUAAGUUUACUCACAUGCAGUGGUUGUUCCCACCCACUGCAUAUACCAAGUCACUAUUGUGGGGUGGGUUGUUAAACAGAUCUCCAACAACCCUGUGUUUUUUCUUAUAUAUGACUUCAGGUGAUACAAUAGGAUUUUUGCUGGACCUACAAGACAAGAAAAUGAUCUUUUAUUUAAAUGGGAACCAGCUUCCUGCUGAGAAGCAAGUCUUUUCUUCUGCUGUGUAAGUAUGUGGCCCUUGUGAAAGCAGUGAAAAAUUAAUAGCAAGUUUUAAGAUCCAGAUAACAAUAAAAUUAAGUCUAAAAGGCCAGGGGGACAUAAAACCACACUUGCCAGAUGCCAUAAGAACAACAGAAUAGGGUUCCAGAUGGACCUCUUUGUAGAGAGCAUUCCAUAAGUGAGGUGCCACCAUUGAGAAGACUUUCUCUCUGGGAGGCGCCUGCCUCACCUAAGAUAUGGGGUACCUGGGUAAGGCCCUCAAUAGAACAUAUAGGUUAGAUACAGAGACAGGUGGCUCUUCAUAUACCCUGGUAUUAAGCCAUAAACAGCUUUAAAGGUCAAAGCCAACAUGUUGACUCGACGACUGGAUGCCAGUUCAACUGGUGCAACACCUGUAUAAUAGUUGUCACUAGAACUUAGCAUUUAUGUAUUGCAUUUAUAUCCCACCUUUCCUCUAAGGAGCUUGUAGUGGCUUACACACGCCUCCCACUCUCCAUUUUAUCAUCACAACAACUCUGAGGUAGGUUAGGCUGAGACAGAGUGGCUGACUCAAGGUCGCCCAGUGGGCUUCAUGGCUGAGUAGAAUAUGAAAACUAGUCAAUCACAUCCUAGUCUAGUACUCUAACCACUACACUACUCUGGCUCCAGCAUUGUUUCCAAAAAGUCUUCAAAGGGAGCACUGCAAGCAAUGGGUUACAGUAGUCUUAAAUUGUAGAUUGUCAGAGCAUGGAUUAUGGAUGCUUUGCUAUCUCUGUCCAGGUACAGCAGGCCCACCAGCCUAAGCUGAUAAAAGCCACUCGGUGCCACAGGAGCAAACUCGUGGAUCUCAAGCAACCUCCCCAAGCUGUCUAACCCUGUUGCUUCAGGGGGAGCACAGUCCUGUAUAUUACAAGAUGAACAUUGCUCCCCUGAUUUGAUAUGAUUUGAUAAUAGACCAUUUGAAACUAUUCCUCUUCCCAUCCCCCAAGCAUGUAGAACUGCUAUAACCUUGGAGAAUGCCCACAAACAUUCUAAUUGCUCAGGAGGAAUGUGUUGACAAAUCUGCAGCGGUGGGUUGACCAUGCUGGAGACUAGAGUAAAACGCAGAAGCUGGAUAGUUGAAAGAGUAGGGACAGCGUGAGCAGUGUGGUCAUAAGCAGAGUUGUUAUGUAAAGAGGUUUGAGAGGCAAAUUACUCAGCGGACAAAGAAGUGGGAAUCUGAGUGAGCAAAGAGUGGAAUUCAGGCUGGGUAUUGGAAGCAGGCAGGGAAUAGAUAUGCAAGGGGCCUGUUUGAAGCUGCAUGUUAAGGAUCUAAGCAAACCUGGGAAGGGGGCAGUCUUCGGUCUGCAACCCAUCUACUUGGGCUAGCCAGCCCUUCCUAUCCCUAACUAGAAAACAAGCCAUGACUUGUAGUAAAGACAGCAUGGUGUAGGGGUUAGUGUGUUGGACUAGGAUCUUGGAGACAAGGCUUCAAAUCCCCACUUGGCCAUGAAGCUCACUGGGUGACCUUGGACCAAUCCGUUCUGCACACCUGGAUGAUUCUACAAGUCAUGGGUAUUUCUCAGUGUAAUACAAAGUGCCACCGUGUGUCGGAUGCUUUGCAUGGUGGUGCUCUAAUAUUAUUCUCCCUUGAUUUUGCAGGUCUGGCUUCUUCCCUGCAGCUAGUUUCAUGUCUUAUCAACAGUGUGAGUUCAACUUUGGAGCAAAACCUUUCAAAUAUCCACCAUCAGCUAAAUUUAGCACCUUUAAUGACUAUGCCUUCUUGACAGCAGAAGAGAAAAUCAUUUUACCAAGGUAAUAUUUUCUACUUGUCAGUGCAUGGAACUGAAGGCCGAGAUUACAGUCUUGUUCUUUGUAGGUUUUGACCCAUCUGGAUAUGAUAAAUAAAGGACAUCCUGUGAAGUUUUAUCAAAAGCCUGUAGUUUCACACACUGCAGCCUUUCACAAUGGAAGAACCACUUAACCUCGGGACUGUUUUGUGUGUUGAUUGUAGAAAAUGCAGCUUGAAAAUGUAAUGUGGGAAAUGCUGGAUACCUGUCAUUCUGAGAGUUGUAUCUAAGGCAAACUUAAGGUAAAGGUACCCCUGCCCGUACGGGCCAGUCGUGUCCGACUCUAGGGUUGUGCACCCAUCUCACUUAAGAGGCCGGGGGCCAGCGCUGUCUGGAGACACCUCCGGGUCACGUGGCCAGCGUGACGAAGCUGCUCUGGUGAGCCAGCACCAGCGCAGCACACGGAAACGCCGUUUACCUUUCCGCUAUAAAGCGGUACCUAUUUAUCUACUUGCACUUAGGUGUGCUUUCGAACUGCUAGGUGGGCAGGAGCUGGGACCGAACGACAGGAGCUCACCCCGCCGUGGGAAUUCGAACCGCCGACCAUGCGAUCGGCAAGCCCUAGGCACUGAGGUUUUACCCACAGCGCCACCCGCAUCCCAAACUUAGGUGCAAACUUAGGUGCAGAUUAUUCCAUGAGAAUGAAUCAUGUAAACAAAAGCCAACUUUCAUAGAUUAGAUUAGUUCUGUGCUAUUUAUCCAGUUUCUGUGAUUCAGGUUUUUGACUAACAUCUGAAGUUUUGUUGAUUGGUUUAUUAGGGGAACGAGAGAAAGGCUAGUUGGGAGGGGGAGCUUUCCAUAUUCUGCCUAGACCCUCCCCAACUAUAAGGGGUAACAACUUCUUCCAGUGGUGGUAGCUUUAAACAAGAAGUUUAGAUCUUCAAGAUGCCCGAUUUCAUGCUUAGUAUCAAAUCUGUGUACUUGUUUGAUAAACUAGUGGAUAUGCAGAGCAUUAAUUCUGCAGUGGCCUUAGUUAACAGAACUGAAUAAAUUGUUAAUUGAAUUUGUUUUUGUUGUUUUUGUUUCCAUUGCUGCACAUACUAAUUCAUAGAUAUUAAACUGAGAUUCAUUGUCGUGUAAGGUGAUCAUGUCCAUAGUCAAAUACAUUUGAUAUGAGCAGGAUCCCUUGAAACUGUUUCUUUGAACUGAAUCCUGCUGAUUUUUCCUCUUCAGACAUAGACGACUGGCCUUGCUAAAACAAGUGAGCAUUCGAGAGAAUUGCUGCACUCUUUGCUGCGAUGAAAUAGCAGACACAGAACUCAGGCCAUGUGGUCACAGGUAUGGUGGAUAAUUAUUCCUUUUAUUUAUCAUGGUUUUGUAGCUUCCCCUGACUUACAUGCCCUAGUAUGAUAAGCUGUAAUUGGUCUUGGAGGGAUUAUUUAUUUAUUUAUUAAAUUUGUAUACUGCCCUUCAUCCAAGGUAUACAGGGUGGUUCACAACAUAAAAAUUUAAAAAUUUAAAAUGAGAAAAUAUACAAUAAAACAAAAACCAAUAAACGCCCCCUCUCACAAACACAUUUAAAAGACUAUACAGGAUAUAUAUUCUAAAAGGUGGAUUAAAAAUACUAUUAUUAAUUAUUCAUAACAUUAUUAUUAUUAUUAUUAUUAUUAUUAUUAUUAUUGAUUUUCUAUUUUGUAAAGCUUUGCAAUCCAGGUUAGACCUGGUCUGCAUAUGUAGUAGGAUGAGGUGGUAGAAGGGAUUCUGCCAGUUCAGGCUGCAGGUGAGGAAUGUCACUUUUGUUUUUUCUUCAUCAUCAAGAGGGGAAGCCUGCAAAGAACAACAAGCACAGCAAGGAGGAGAUGUUCCAGAUCAGCCUGUUUCUUGCUGUACUAGGUUUCUACUAGCAGGGAUUUUGUUGCUGCUGCUGCUGCUGCUAUACCUGCAGUAUGAUGUGGUACUGUCCACGCUUCUCCCUUAAGAUUCUACUACCCACCUUAUUCCCCCACUGCUUCAUGUGUACAUAAACCCUAUAAGUCUUGAGGCAACAAAGAAGAUGGAUUUUACUGCUUAGAAUAUGUGCAUUGUCUCUGUACUAUUAACUGUCCACAACAAAAUUAGCAUUGGCAAAUCAUGUGAGUUGUGACACACCCACCUGCCCAUUCGGUGUUCCCAUGGAGAAUUACAUGACAUAAGUUGCAUCCAUGCUCAGAGUAGUCCCAUGAAAUAAAUAGGCACAACUAGCUUUGGUCCAUUAUUUUCAGUUGGUCUACCUGGAUUAAAAGCUAUUUGGAUACAGCUCCAUUCCCACAACAAAAAUGAAUGGAUUUGUUUGUUUGUUUGUUUUUAAAAAAGAGCAAAGACAUUUCUGUUGUUCCUGAUGAAGAGUUCUGUGUAACUUAAAUGUUUGCAUACUAUUGCCUGGACAGAAGUUGCCCUAGUAACCCAUCUUAUAUCGUUGUCCUUCUUUUAGUGACUUGUGCAUGGAGUGUGCCUUGCAACUAGAGACCUGCCCUUUGUGUCGACAAGAAAUACAGACUCGGGUCCGACAGAUCGCUCACAUUUCAUGACACGUGGGGAACUGUAUCUCGUGAACUUCCCUCUGAUCCAUUCCAUUCAGCGCUAGAAGGGAGAAAGGCAGCUCUGACCGAGCCACACACAAGCUGAGAGCCCCAACUGUGGCCCACUUUCACGCUGAACAGUAGACGGAAACCUGUUAAGUCGCCCUGCUGCCUCAGAGCUGUGGAAUGUUCUUUUAGCAGAAAUGAAAGUUGGCGGUGAGACUUGAGCUACCUGUUGGUUUGUCUCCUACCAAGGUGGCUGGAGAGUCUGCCUCUUAAGUUUGUCCCCUGUCCACUCUUCCCAUUUCCUUUCUUCCGCUGCUCCUUCCACUUGCCCAUCACAUGUCAGCAGUUUUGCACUGGAAACAUAAGGCUCAUAAUCUCCUCUAAUGGGGGCAUAUCUGUCUUCUAAAGCCUUUAUUUCAGCAGCCGUCACACAUUUAAAAACAACACCAAUAUUUCUUGGUCAAUGUAGCUUCCUGCUGGUCAGAGACCCUCUGUAUUUUGGACUGUUGACCUGAAAAUGUUCAGACUUGAAUUCUACAUGAAGAAACUGAUUUGUAAAGGAGGUGUUGAGAUUCUAGAAGAAUCCAAUUUUUUUUUGAUAACUCUGUGAUUCCAAAGAACAUUGAUUCUUCCACUACCACCACCUUAUUUUUAAACUGCAGAAAACUGCAUUUUCAUUCAUAGUGUUUCUAGUUCCUUCAAUUUCAGUACCUACAUUGUUGUCAAAAAAGAAGUGAUUUUUCAGGAGGGAUUCUUAUAACUACAGUGCCAGACUGGAGAUAGCUUGUUAUUCUGGGUAUUUUAAAAGGUACCAUUGAUUUCUCUCUCUCUCUCUUUUUAAAUUCAGUAUUUGUUCUUGCAAGUUCUGUACGUUUUGAAAGUAUUGAGCUAUAGAACUCAAGAUCUGGAAAGAAAAUGUGGAGAAACUCUUGUUAAUAUUGUUUUGAAAGAAAUACAUGUUGUUUGAAUAGCAAGUCAGCCUAGGUUGACUAAACUACCAUUUCAUUUACAUAGGCUCUAACAAACUUAGUCUGCCAAGCUCAUGCCUAUCCACUUGGCAAAACAUGUGGGAAGGAGGGACACACAGUGCAACUUCUAGGGUUGCACAAACCCAUAUCAAAAAGCUCAUGGGGCAAUGUGCAUAUUGUGCCUCUGUGCAAGUGCAGAAAAUUCACUGAAAUCAGCUGUGUGAGAAUCUCAGCCUUAAAAGAAAGUAAGUUUCUAGUUAUGGUUGCAAGGUACCUUUGGAAGGAUAUGUGAAUAAUGUCUGUUGAAUUCUUAAGAUGUUUAGACAUUGUUGAAUCACAUUUCCAGUGGUUCAGGAUGGGGCUUCAGUUUCCCGUCUUAAUUUAUAGAGUGCUGAAUCCAGCUUUUCUUGAUUCAUUAAAAACAAAAAGCAGUUGCAACAAUUAUUUAUUUUAUUAAAAUUUCCUACCCGCUUUUCUUUAUAAAGGAGUUCCAAAGCUGGGUACAAUACCAAUGAAUAAAACCAUAAACUGGGAUAGCUCAGUUGGUCAAGCUUGAGACUCUUCUCAGGGCUGUGGGUUUGAGCCCCACGUUGAGCAAAAGAUUCCUGCAUUGCAGGGGGUCGGACUAGAUGACCCUCAUGGUCCCUUCUAGCUCUACAGUUCUUUGCUCAAACAAACAAUAAAACAGUAACGUCAGCUGAGAGCACAUAGACAGUUUAAUAAUACCUGUUUACAAAGUGUAGCAACACAGAUAAUCCAAAACCUGGGUGAACAGUAGAUCUUCAGUAGUCACUGAAAGCUGACAACUCAGUGCCGGGCAAGUCCACAUAGUCUUAUCCAUGGCCCUGCCCAGUUUUCAAUUAGUAAUUUGUACCCCUAAAUAUGUUUCUUUAGAAAGGAACCUUCAGUUGAACUUUCAGCUAAUAGACUGGGGUCCUUGCAAGUGGUUCUGUCUUCUCAGAUGGGUUUUGGUCUUUCACCUUCCUGAACUGAAACCCUUCUCAUUAGGUAUCAAAAUACUAUUGAACCUGCAAGGAGUUUUAAAAGCUAUGACAGGAAAUGCCAAGUUCUGAUCUGUAUUUUCCUGAUGGACCAUGAUCAUGAGGUGAGGAAGCGUAAUUUCCUGAGCCCUGUGGAAGAUUGAGUUCACCUUAGGCAAGAAGUCAGGGUUGGGUCAUAGGACCAUAUUGCCCAGGUGGCAGAUAGAGAGUUCCUUCCAGACCAAGAGGACCCUGAGUUUCCCCACUUUUGUUGCUGAGCUCCCGGCAGUAGAUGGAGUGCAGUGGUUUGAAGGGUGAGGCCACAACAGCCUUGAAAACGAGGAUAAGUUCAGCUCUGGAACCCAGGCGAAAGAUGAGCAGAGCCUCUUGGAGGAAACAUGCAACCUUUGAGCCUGCAAGGAGCCUCCAUGUGCUGCCAAUAACACUACCCAGAAUGGUGCCUGCUGCUUGAGUGUGCUGGGGGCCAGGCCCUGGUCUAGCCCGUAGGAAUUCAAGAACACUGGGUGCACAUGCAUCAGCAGAGUGGACUUGCUCUUGCAUCAACUUGUUGAAGACUUUCUAUGGCAUCUUGUAAAUUUGAUUGGUGGAGACCCUUUGAGAGGCAAGGAUAGUCUGUUUCACCCAGGGAAGAGCCACGCUUAGCAAUUCAGCAUCUGCUUUGCAUUUAGAGGGUUCCAGGGUCAAUCCCUGGCAUAUCAAGGUACGGCUGGAAGAGACACCUGCCUGAAACCUGGGGAGCCGCCACCACUCAGUGUAGACAAUACUGAGUUAGAGGGACCAAUGGUUUGGCCUGGUGUAAGGCAGCUUCUUAUGUACCUUACCCAAGUACCCCCCAUGUCUUGGCAUGUGCCACUCGGCAUCCAGAUCCAGCAUUUUCAUCUCCAUAUUAAUCCAGGAAAGUACCUCCAGGUGUAUUGGGGGGGGCUGUUGCCCAUGAUAACCCUUCAUUGGGCUACCGGCCUGACAGGCUUUGUUUGGACUGAUGUCCCUGAUUCAAGACCACUCUCCUUAACCCCUGCCCAAGCCCUCUGUUCUCCCUCUUCCCACAUUCCUAGCAGGAUGCAAAAUGGUGCCAUUUCAGAAUCACUGCCUCCAACAUGGUUCCUGCAUAGUUACCCUCAUAGUCAUCCUUGGAAGAGGAGAUAAGAUGGUUGUACAAAGUUCAGGGCUUUAGAAUCUGGUCUCACCUGAAAGGGCGAGGAAGGUGUAUGAAUCUUCUAGUGGCCUCUUUCCCCAACACCGUGGAUCAUUCACCACAUCUUAUGGCUGUGCAUCUUCUGCUGGCUUACUGGGGCUUGGGACCAUAAGCCUGCAAAGUAUUCUACUGCUUUGUGUUUGAGGAUGUGUUGCUGCCUUUCGCUCUUCUUGUCAAGCAAAGAUGCUGAGUUAUGUAUAGGCAGUUCCUUAGGUGGGUGACAAUUCCCUUCUGUACCAGACAAGCUGUACCUCCCACCCAGGGGUUUAUUAGGUUGGCUGUAGUCAAAGGUGGCAGGCUGGGGGGGGGGGUGUUAUGCACAAAAAUCAGAGGUCUCCACUCUACCUAAGAGCUUGCCUGCUCCCUGGGCUGCUCCUCCACUCCCCUGGGCAGCCAGGCAAGGUGCAGAGGCUCCUCUGGGUGCCUUGGUGGAGUAAUUCAGUUGCUGGUGUGGGGCAUCACGGCAGCCCUGUGGGACCCUCUUCCCAGUCACCCUGUGACAUUAUUAGACACAAAGCAAAAUUUGAGUUUCUUGUCCAUUGUCUCGCUGGCUUCAGAGGCACUGAUACAGCCGCUUGCCAAGGACACAAAGGACAGGGGGCACCGAUACAGCUCCUUGCCACUUGCCCUGGCUAUGGUCUUGGUGCCUAAACAGCCCCCCAUUCCAAGAAGAGUAGAGUUGGGCAGUGCCCCUUGAACAAUGGGUGUGUAGGGGGCUGCUGGGCUGAGGGUGGGUCAGAAAAUCUUCCUUCUGUGUGAUCUUAAAUAAACUUGUUAAUUCAUUUUGA